AUGUCGACCUACACGUCCUUUGACAAUACAUCCCAAGACCCAUCCCUGAGCAGUGCAUCCCCCGGACCGCCGACCGUAACUCUCACCGAGGUGGUCCGAAUCAAUGCUACAAGCCACGACCUCUCGCACUGGACAAUGAUCAGCGACACUUGGACCGAACACGCGACCCUAUUAGCUAAUGGAGACGCUUCGAGAACAACCAAGUACGCGAUCCAGAUGACGGCCAUUACAGAUCUGAUGGUUUUGGAUUGUGCUUUAUCCAACUGCCUCAGACGCGGUGAUGCCGUUCAGACAGCGAAUCCAGACCCUGAAUCCUAUCUUGAUUCAGACGUUUGUGGUGGAAGCCCACGUCGCCCAGAGCCCGGCUGGAUCCCGAAGCCGCAUGCGACCUUGAGUACCUUCUCUACCAUGGUGACACCGUAUGUCUGA